AUGGCAGGAUGGAAGCCCCUUAGCUUGUCGGCCUCUGCGAGCGCGCAUCUACCGCCGCUUCUUUUUUCGGUAUCUUUCGAUCACGGCUCCUCUUAUACAGUUUAUCUCACUGAUCUUACACACAUCUGGAGCGAAUCAUUAUCUCGAAGGCAAAUCAUUCGUCGAAGCCAGGAAGAGAAGACAAGUAUUGAUCCUAGUGACGACGAGGAUAACCUACGCAAACUACUAGAGAAGAUUAAGUCGGCCUUAGAAGGAGCAAGGAACACAACAGCUGCAUUGACGAUCAAUGCCGAUGAUGAACGGCCUUCCCUUACACUGAGCCUCGCGGUGAAGCUGCCGGCUGGUAUUGCCCCCCUGGAAUGGCCACUCCGACUAUCUGCAGUACCGCAAACGACGCUCACGCAACAGUUGAUACUGCCACUUAUGGAAGCACAGCAUAUGCGGUUGCAGGAGACGGCUAGCCUGAUUGAGGUGCUAAAAGAGAAAGAUCAUGUUAUACAGAAGCUGCUUGACAAGUUAGAAGGGCAAGGCACGGAGCUUGGCGAACUAUUUCCUCAAGCGGCAGGAAAGGCGGGUCGGAAAAUUGAUCGGAGGAAAGCAGAAGAACGUGUACGAGGUUUGGCAUUAUUCGACAUAGACGCUUGGAGGUCCGAGAAUCAAAUAGGCGCAUUCCAUGAUACGCAGACUCUUCUGUCAAAGGUCUUUCAGGGUGAUGCCAAUCAAGUUCCAGAGGUUGGGACCGAGAAAGCUGCGGAUGUUGAUGGGACUUGGUGGGAGGAUAUCAAAGGUCUCACAGUAUUUCUGGACUCUGGAAAAAUCAAGACAGCCCUCGGGAAAGCAAAGCCUCCAGGUCUGGGCCUUGAAAUGAGCUCACAUGAUAAAAGCUCUUCCAACACACCAGUAGUCGUGGAAAAGCACACUGAGGAUUCUGACAGUGGCGACUUCCAGGUUCAAUCUACUCCUCCGCAUCUAAAGCCAAAUAUUAUCUUACCAUCUGAAUCGCGCGUUGAGAGUUCCACCGACUCCGACGACGAUGACCUUGACGCGCCCUCUCAACGCUCUAAGCUAUCUGCAAGCCAGCCCGUCUCACAGCAAACUUCAGGCAUAUCUCUAGCCUCAGAACCGAAAGAUGGUAAGAAAUUGGGUGCACUAGCUGUGAAAAGCCGAGCCCGAGUUGUACGUAGAUCAUUUGUGCAGCCACCAGAUGUAAUAAACGAUGAAAGCAGCACUGAAGACGAAGAUGAAGAUGAAGACGAGAUAUCUGCGCGCAAGCCCUACCAAAACGUAUCAACAGCCUCGUUAGGGGAAGAUGCGCCAUCACCUGCAAAAUCGCGGAGGGCAGUAUCGCCAGACGAGUCAUCGCCAGAGGCCACGCCCAAACGUAAAGGCCGAGGCAUAGGCAAGCUUGGGGGAAAGCAGCGUCCAGUGGAAGCUUCACCAAGCCCCCCACCAAAAGCAACACCAGAACCAAGCAAGAAAAGAGGCAAGCUCGGGAAGAUCGGCGGCAAGAAGGCAAUAUUACCAGAUGGUGAUGAAACUGAAGAUCCCGCUACUGAAACGACGCCAAAAAAGAAGAAGCUAGGAGCAAUUGGUGGCCGGAAAAGAGAGUCUUCCUCUCCAGGUAGCCGGGUUCCUGAUGCUAACGAAGAGGUUGUGAUUCGAGGGAGGAGUGAGGUAGCAAAAGUAGAAAGAAACCCAACACCAGAGGUUCGCGAAACAAGUCAGGAAAGAGCGGACAAGAAACGAGCUGCAUUGAAGAGGGAAUUGGAGGCUAAAGCGAAAGCUCCACCUGUGAAAAAGAAGAGGAAAUUUUGA